UGCCUCCAGGACCAGGCAGCAUCCAGUGCAGAGCGCACCCUUUUAUGUUGAAACAGUGUGCGCUGUAGCGGCCAGGCAGGCAUAUGUUUGUGGGGGUGAGAAGGAGCAGGACGGUGGUACUUGUCUCCGGCAGGCUUGAUGAGGAUUUAGAUUUCGAGUAGUUGCCCAGCUUAGUGGCUUUGAGGAUGUACGGUGAUGGGGAGGGCACAGUGUGGGACCGGGUCGGACCGCCCCACCGGGACUGUAUGUGCUACCUUGGACCUCCUACUACUUUGAUGCCGAUCGGGAUGCGCAAGUCGCCCGACGUGAGCCCCAGAAGGCUUUCGGAUAUCAGCCCUCAACUCAGGCAGCUCAAGUACCUGGUGGUGGACGAGGCCAUCAAAGAGGACCUCAAGUCCUCCCGCUCAGUUGAGGACAUCAACAGCGCAUCCAUAGAGGAGCGAAUAUUGCGAAUCACCGGCUAUUAUGGAUAUCAGCCUUGGAGUGCAAGCUACAAAAGAGAAGACCGCGCCAGGGAGAAUGUGGUGGGCACCACAGACGCACAGACGGCUUGUGGUGUGGCAGGAGCAGAGUCCGGCACCAGCAGACGGAAGCUCCACUGCUGCAUCAGAGUAACGACCUUACAGGUGCGGAAGGCCCUGUGGGGGGUCGCCAUGGUGAUAUGCGUGUGCACGUCUUGGGCAGGCUCCACCCAGCUGGCCAAGCUGACCUUUAAGCAGUUUGACGCUCCCUUCACCCUCACCUGGUUCGCCACCUCCUGGAACUGCCUCUUCUUCCCCCUCUAUUACAUUGGCCACCUGUGCAAGAGUCCAGAGAGGCAGACACCCAGACAGAGGUUCAGAGAGUGCUGUAGGUUUUUCGGGGACGAUGGGCUGACACCGAAGGUCUUUUUCACUAAGGUAGCUCCCUUUGGCCUGCUGUGGAUCCUCACCAACUACCUGUACCUGCAGGCCCUCAGGAAGAUCAACACAACAGACGUGUCAGCGCUCUUCUGUUGUAACAAGGCCUUUGUCUUCCUGCUGUCUUGGAUUGUACUCAGAGACCGCUUCAUGGGGGUCAGGAUCGUCGCUGCUAUCUUGGCCAUAGCAGGCAUUGUAAUGAUGACCUAUGCUGAUGGAUUCCACAGCCACUCAGUCAUCGGCAUCACUUUUGUAGUGGCCUCUGCUUCGAUGUCAGCGCUCUACAAGGUGCUCUUCAAGAUGGUCCUGGGCAGUGCCAAAUUUGGAGAGGCUGCACUCUUUUUGAGCAUUGUCGGGAGCGCCAACUUUAUUUUCAUCAGCUUUGUGCCGGUCAUCCUGUAUUUUACACAUGUGGAGUACAUCGGUUCACUUGGAGACAUCCCCUGGGCCUACCUCUGCGGGGUUGCAGGCCUACUUUUGGCUUUCAACAUCCUGGUGAACUUUGGCAUUGCGAUAACAUACCCAACUUUAAUUUCCCUUGGCAUCGUCUUAAGUGUUCCUGUAAAUGCCAUGGUGGACCUCUAUACAUGUGAAAUUCAUUUCAACACAGUGCGCCUCAUUGCUGUGUUCAUCAUCUGCCUGGGUUUCCUCAUGCUGCUGUUACCGGAGGACUGGGACCAGUGCAUCAUCCAGCUCAGCACAAAGCUGCGCAAACGUGACGAGCCAGCAGAGGGCAGCGCAGAGGCAGGGCUCAACUGGAGGGGGAGAAGCAGGACCUCCAUGUCAACAUUUGCACAUUAACUCCAUGAAAUAUUAACAUGCAAACACACACAUACACAAGGAGGGAGACACAUUAACACCUCUAAGUGUUGAUGUUGGGACAAUUGACCUGCCCUCUCUUUCACGCAGCUCCCUGAGUGAAAAAAAAAAAAGAAAAGUAUUUCAGACUGUUCUCCAAUCAGUCAACAUUACAGCCAAGAGGGGAGAUGCAGAAGGCACAGACUCUGUAUCAUUCAUUUCCCAUCCAUUCCACUCGGAAGUAAUCCAAGUUGGCGCACGGACUAUCAAUUGUAAUCCUUUUUACCCCAAAAGAUUAUCAGGUAUAACUGAUUGAGUCAUGUAUUAAUUUUGCUGCACCUCUUAAUCAUUCCAUUCACUACAUCCUUGCGCCUGGGAAGACUUGCCAAUUUGCCUGAUAUUUUUCAGCUCUAAGGAAAAAAAGACACUUUUUGAGGCAGGCCUAACACCUUGUGGACUUACUUUCUUUAUCAUGUACACAUUUACACACCUUUAAGAUCCAAAGACGAAUGCCUGAAAUGCUGAAUGCCUGAAAACUAAGGGGAGGCCCACAGUGGCGUCCCUCAGGUGUAAACUUAAUGACAAGUACCUGCCUUUCAUGCACUGUACAUAGCUGUGUUUCACACCUUGGGUGUCCUGGAGCUGUGGACCCAAUGGGCUCAUCGGGUGUGAAGGGACCUGUCUGGACAUCUGAGGAUCAAUCUGAGCUGGAGAAGCUUUCACAACGCCUCACUCUGUUCAUCCUGAGAGAGAGAGGUUAGGUCUUUUUAGACCACAUUGAUUGGCCCCCUGUGGUUAUGUGCUUUCUUGGGGCCAAUCUCCUGCUCUGUCAAUGCUGACACCCAAUUGCUCAGGCCCAGACUUUAUUCAAGAAAGAUCUAAAACCAGUAUCUUUAUUGCAAGGUUUUCAAUGCGCGAGAUGGUUGAAAUUUGUUUGUCAAGAAGUGUGAGUGCUUUCAGUCCAUCCAUGAAGCACUUGCCUCACAUUUUCAGUUGCUGAGACACUGGCAGCAAACAGUAUUAACAUUCUAUCAACCAAACAUUACUGAUAAUACAUGUAUUGCCAUUCAGAUUAUUUAAAAUGUGAUUUUUUUUUGCUGUUCAAACUAUUAUGUAGCUCACUGACAAUUAAUGCUUCCCAAUAUAUCCCAAUCUUUGGAUGGACUUAAAGCACUAACAGCUUACAUAAUAAGACAGACAAGCUUCAUGAACCCCUUUAAUAACUUUGAAUAUCAACCAUAGCUAUUACUGAGCUCCCUUGGAAUUUCGUAUCACAUUUAAGUGUCUAGACCCGCUAUGCACGCAAACUAAUCUGCGGCUAAAUACAUUCUUUCCCCCUGAAGAAAAUAACAGUAGUUGAAAAAUGUCUCACUGCUCGGGGAGAGGGCUAUUGACACAUGAGAAUGGCUCGCAUUGGUCCACUUCUGCUGUUUGUCAAAAAAAAGUCUUACUGUAUGUGUUUUCAUUAAUCACAUUUCUGAGGCAAGUCAACAACUGAGAUGGAUCUGAGGGCAAAUGAGGCACGUGCCGUGUGAAGCGCCCGGUAGAAACUCUGCCUUGUUGUGAAUGUAUGAACAUCACUCGACCACACAUGCUCGCUACCUGCUGUCUGUUUUUCACAGUGCCACCACAGACUGCUGCAGAGAGACUCUUUAAUACUUAUCCUUUGUUGUACUCAUCUGACCGAGUUGUUUUUUUUGGAACAAACUUUUGACGUAUCGUACAGGACUUUUUAUAUUUUUUGCAUUUGGUUGCUUACUAACCUCGGGGGGGGGGGGGAGGGGGUGAGUGAUACCUGCAGGGCGAGCAUGCACGUCCUGUAUGAGCAGAUACAGCUGGCAAGUCCACUUCACUGCCUUUUCUUUGUUUUGCAAUAGAGUACAAUAGCACUGUUUCCCAUUGUCAUUCUCUAUGACAAUAAAUAAUAAUAUUGUAUUCCUCUGGAAUUAUUGCUAGAAAUAAAUGUAAACCUUUGUAAGGAAUGAUGAUUUUUACACUGAGAUGCAACAUAUGAUUAGCACAUUUGAGGAAGAAAUAUUUAGAGUGUGAAUAAAUGAUGGGUUUAUUAGAUCUACUGUUGGGUAUCUUGAAGUGUAAUCACAUGUACUAUAUAAAAGACUUUUCUCAA